UUGUGUCUUUUGCAUCCCGGUAAACCGGUGGAAUCAGCAAUUAAAGCAGAACCUUUUUCUCUUUUUUUUUUGCACAAUUGGACUCUUGCUGUGGAUCGAAACUGCACAUGGGCCAGCAUUGUGGAGCUGUGGAAUAAAAGGACAGCAGGCGAGUAACGUGAACUUCAACUAUUUGGAAGAAAUUAAGUUUGUUUGCUGCUUAAAGUGCUUUUGGGAAGAGUCAUCAAGAAAUGAAACUAGCACAUUGAAAUUACAAAGCAUUUCAUAAGCUCUUAGGUAUGGAUGAAAGUGAAACUGUGGAAGAAGUGACUGGAAAAACGAGUUGCUCAACUAACACUAAAAGCUGUGGAAGGCACAACUGCAGAGAGAAAUACGCUUAGGAAGAAGAAAACUAAGCAAAGUGAUGCAGUUAAAGAAUGACAUGCUUGCAUUAAUGGAUGAUGAUUAACAUGUGGAAACAAUUAGAAGUUGUUAGAGAUGAUUAGAAUUAAACAAUAGAAGCACUGUAAAAUUAAACAAUAAAAGCACUGUUGCUUGAACUUUGUACAGACAGGUUGCUUGGCAACCUUAUCUGCCAGUUGCAGCUUGCUUCACUUAGAAGACACCCAUGCACACACACACACACACACACACACACUAGACUGACACAAGCUGGAACCAGUUCGAAGCGGACAAAUAACCGCACCAUUGCUACACGUAGGGGGGCUUUAAUUGCAACCUCUAUAGUUAUUGCACUAUGUAUGUGUAUGGCAAAUUGGUAAUUCUUAAAAAAAACAAAAACGUUUGGGCUGAUUGUCUGUCUUUAUUUCUGUGAAACAAUUUUUUUACUAUUUUGACACAAACAUGUAUUUAAUUAAAUGCACGUUUUUGUUAGAGUUGACUAGAAUUAAACAAUAGAAUUACUGUAGAAUUACACAAUGGCUGCACCGUUGCUAGAAUUUUGCACAGACAGGUUGCUUGGCAACCUUAUUAAGCCUGCUACAGCGUGCACACGUAGAAAGCCCACACACAUACCCUUGAUUGACACAAGCUAGAACCAGUUAGAUGUAGACACAUAGCCACACACCACUGAUCCAUGUAGGGAAAGGGUACCGCCCCUGUGUGGGCGGGACUUGAGAACAGUAUAGCAGAAAAGGCACUUCCUAGUUCGAGACUUCUUCCUUGUCCCAUGGGAUGGGCUGAAGUCCAGCGCUGAGCUUUGUGACAUCUUCCAGACAAUUACUUCACUAAAGAUUGAAAAUACGGGAACGAGUGUCCAACUCAUCUCUUCCAGGAUAAACAAACUUGACCGUUUCAUUUUGGAGUAAUACAAAUACAUGGGAAAUAAACAGUUGAAUAAUUGUUUUUAGCUUAACGUAACAAAAUGAACAGUAUAAAAAAAUACAAAUAAAUAUAUUUAUCAAAUAGAAAUCUGUCCUGCUCAACUUAAAACAGAAUAAAUUGAGUGUCCAGGUUGCAGGGGUCUCCAACUUUCAUCACUAUUAGAGCUGUCAACUAUUUGUGUUUUAUUUAUAACUGGCAACAUUUAAAUUGUACUCUACUUUAUUUACCAAGCACAUCUCCAUUCAAACAGUGUUGCCAUCGUGUUUAUGCUAUUUUGUGCUCAUUUGUCAUUAUAUAAAGGCAUAAAGUCUGCAUUGAACAGUUGGAAUAAAAAAAUUCUCGGAGUUGGAGCAAAUAUUCUUUGACCCUUUAGUGAGCUACUCAAAAUCAGCUGGUGAGAUAGGAGACCCCUGUGAUAGUGUCACCAUCACAAGGCCGUACACGCUGUGUGUUUAUGUUCAUUUAACCACCACACACAAAUAGUGCUUUGAGGACAAGACAGUUUAAUGACAACAAGAGAGAAAAGUUUUUCGAUGACACUUGAAAAAGUUAGUACGUUUGUUUUAAAAACAAAAUGUCACUGUGGUAAAAAGUCACAUUUGGAGUCCGAAGACCAGAGGCGGGGCGGAUAACGCUAGCUAGCUCGCUGCCGCCAAUGCUACUGUAUAUUGUGAUAGUUGAUUGAAAAUACAUUUUUCAAAGAUUUUUGCUGUAGAGUUAAUAAUGGAAAUUGGAUGGUAAUUGUUGAUAUCAUGUGGGUCUCCUCCCUUAUGGAGUGAAGUGACAGUAGCGUGUUUCCAAGUGAAAGAUUGAAUAGAUCACAAAGUGGGUACAUUAAUAUAUUUUCAGCGAGUUCAAUAAAUUUAAUCUCGAUCAUCUGGUCCAGGUCCACAAUCAUCUGGUCCAUGUCCACAAUCAUCCUUAAAUUCAUGAAGUGUACACUGAACUUCAGCAGUAGUAUUAGGAAAAGAAAAUGAACUGUUACAGGAAGAGCUAGUAGAGGAAGCAUGUGCUGAAGAUGAGUUGAACACAUAGGAACUGCCAAUUGCACAUGUACACUAGGUUCUCUACUUACGAAUUUGAUUGAAACAUUUCUUCCAUUCAAGAAAGAAGAAAACAAACAAACAAUAUUAAAAUACUAUAACAUAAAACCAAACACUCUUCAAACCAGAAUGACAGGGAGCAGAAAGAAGACAAGUCUUCUUAUCUCUGCCCCUUUUUCAGCCACAAACAAAGUCAUAUUUAAAAACAAUAAAAACAAAAAAAUAUACCACAUUUCAAUUACAACUCAACCAAUGCCAUUUCCCACAACAAAAAUAACCGUAGUAUGACAGCCAAUCAUAACUGAGAUAGUUCAUAUUUCCUCAACAUACUCGUUUUAACCAUUUUUUUAAAUAUGGUAUCAGACUUGGAUUCUUUAGUUUCUUUAUUCAGAUUGUUCCAUAAACUGACUCCUUUUACAGAAACACAACGUUCCAUCAUUUUAGUCCUGAAUUUAGUUUUUUGAAAAUCAUCGUACCUUUUAAUAAAAUACUUACUUUCUUUUCUUUCAAAUCUUUUCUGAAUAUUAACUGGCAAACUUUUUUUUUAUAAGCUUUCAGCAUAAUUAGCAAUAUAUUAUAUUCUACUAAUUCAUAAAAUGUCAAUAGUUUUAACUUAAGAAAUAGUGGAUUUGUUGGGUCUCUGUAUUGUUUUCUACUGAUUAUUCUUAUUGCUCUUUUUUUGCAAAAUAAAUAUUGACUGAGUUUAUGUUUUGCAAGCAUUUCCCCAUACUUCAAUGCAAUAGGUCAGAUAUGGAACAAUCAUGGUAUUGUACAACAUAUACAUUGCUUUGUUAUCCAGUGAAUCCUUUACUUGAUGUAACAAUGCUAUUAUUUUGGAUAUUUUUACCUUUGUGUACUGUAUAUGUGAUUUCCAACACAACUUCUCAUCCAGAAUUACACCCAAAAACUUGGUUUCCUUUACUCUAUUAAUGUCAAUACCAUCUAUGUUAACUGAAGCACCAGAGUCUCCCUGUGUUACUGAAUAUCAUCAAGUUUGUUUUUUCCACAUUUACCAAUAAUUUGUUUACAUCAAACCACACUUUUAUUUUUUUAAAUUCUUGUUUAACCACAUCCAACACCUUCCCAAGGUCUUCCCCACAAAAAUAGAGUAAAAUAAAGUAGUAUCAUCCGCAAACAAAAUACAUUUGAGCAGUUUAGAUGCACAAACAAAAUCAUUCACAUACAAAACAAACAAUUUUGGUCCGAGGACCGAUCCCUGAGGUACUCCACACCGAAUAUGAUGCAAUUUAGAUUCUACCUCAUCUAUCUGCACAAACUGUUUUCUAUUUUCUAAAUAACUUGAAACCCAUUCAAGUGCAACUCCUCUGAUACCAUAUUUGCUCAGUUUUUUUAAGAAGUACGGUAUGAUCAAUGGUAUCAAAAGCCAUUUUAAGGUCAACAAAAACACUCACAAAAAACUGUUUCUUUUCUAUUGCGGUCGAUAUUUCUUCCGUUAAUUCCAUAAGAGCCAUAGAUGUGGAGUGGUUAGUUCUAAAUCCAUACUGACUGUUACUUUAAAUAUUGCUUCUAUCUAUAAAUUUGUCUAACCUGGUUACAAACAAUUUCUCUAAUAUUUUGGAAAAUUGUGGAAGCAAGGAUACUGGUCUAUAGUUGGAGAAACCAUGUUUAUCUCCAUUUUUAUACAUUGGAAUCACCUUGGUCAUUUUCAUUUUGUCAGGAAAAACUCCUGACAAAAAGGAUAGAUUACAAAUAUGUAAAUAUGUAAAUGGUUCAAUGACCAAUUCAAUGAUAUUCUUUACCAAUAUCAUAUCCAUAUCCAUAAAGUCAGUGGAUCCUUUACUUGCACAACUUUUUACAAUAUUCAGUAUUUCUUCUUUUUCUACCUGAAAAAGAAAAAUACUGUCCACAUGAUCCAUUAUUGUGUUUUUAUUUACAUUGCUUUUUAUUGUAGGUAUGUUUGCUGCAAGACAAGGGCCUACAUUGACAAAAAAGUCAUUGAACUCAUUUACUAUUUUAUUUUUUUCAAAAAUGUCAUCAUUAUUUUUCACAAAAUAAUUUGGAAGAGCCGAUUCUCAUUUAUCAUUUUUUAUGACACUAUUUAUUAUUCCCCAAGUAGCCUUUGUACUAUUUCUAUUUUCAUAUAGUAAAUUACCAUAGUAUUCCUUUUUGUGCCUUCUAAUUAUCAAUACUAACUGAUUUUUGUAUUUCUUAUACCUUCUUCUGCUUCUUUCGACCUUGAUUUUAAAAAACAUCUAUAUAAGUAAUUUUUUUUCUUGCAGGCAUUUUGUAGUCCUUUAGUCAUCCAUGGCUUAUCAAUAGCAGUUUUCUUUACAAUCCUCUUAAGUCCGCAAGGUUUUUCAUACAAAUCAAUCAAUAUCGUCAUAAAAGAAUCAUAAGCUAUCAUGUACAUACACUCCAUCCCAUUCCUGUUUUUUUAAGCUUUGUUUCAGUGCUUCCAUAGCUUCCUUAGAUCUGUUUCUUACAUAUUUUUCCGUGGUAAUGUCCUUAGUAUUGUAUUGAUCAUUUUUAUAAACUGUAAAAACAGGUAAAUGAUCACUUACAUCAGUUAUCAUGAUCCCAUUCACAACUCUUCCAUCACCUACAUUUGUGAAAAUAUUAUUAAUAAUAGUUGCACUUUUUGAUGUUAUUCUUGUGGGUUUAGAUAUCAUUGGAAGCAAAUUCAAACUAUUCAUUGUAUUUAUAAAAUCACACGUGUUCAAUGAACUUGAAUUUUCCAGAUCAAUGUUUACAUCUCCACAUAAAAACACAACCUUGUUGUGACUCCUGUCAAACAGGUCCGUGAUUGUAUCUACACUGUAUGAAUGUGUGAACACAUGAACCUGGUGGUCUAUAAACACAACUCACUAGAACAUUUCUAGCCUUUUCACUAAUGAUUUCCCCUGUGAUCAUUUCCAUAACAUCGUCAAUAACAGUUGUCAUAUUAUUAACAAGCUUACAUUUCAAACUACAGUUGACAUACAAAGAUACACCUCCACCUUUUUUUGUCCUUCUAUUUACAUAAUACAGUUCAUAACCAUCUAUCUGAACAUCAUCAAUUUCUCCAUCCUUCAUCCAUGUUUCUGACACUGCAAUUCUACUAAAAUGCCCUCUAAUUUUCUUUAAAUAAUCUUUCAUCUUUGAUAAAUUACAUUUUAUACUUCUACUGUUGAAAUGAAGGAUAGACAGUGUUCCAUUCAUCAUUACUUUAUCAUUACAUUUUUCCUCAGUAUAAUACUCGCAUUCAUUAUUUGGAAUUAGUUCUUUUUUGUUCGUACCCUCGUCUAUAUCAUAUAUUUUACUCUCUCAAUCAAAAUCUAAAUUUAUGUAUGCAUCCAUUUUCCAGUAUAUGUCUAUUUCUUAUAUCCACUCUACAGCCCAGUCUACAUCUAAUACUCUCAAUCAACUCCAUUGCUCUGUUUUCUUCUUCUAAAUUUUUCUAAUUCUUUAAGAUCUCCUAUCAUCUUAGCCUGUGACUCUUCUUGUUCUCUUAUCCAUACUUUACCAUUUCGAGUCCAUGUUGCCAUGAUGUUUUUGUGUUUUCUCAGCAUCCUUGCUUCUCAUGCAAUAUCUCCAUUUUUUUUUUGGUUAAAUGUUCAUUUAAGUAUACAUUAGUACCUUUCAAUUUCUUUGCUUGCGUUAACAAAUCAAUCCUCUUUUUGCAAAUGAAACUUAAGAUGAUAGCUGGUUUUUUUUUCUCUGUCUUUUUUGGUAAUACGUGACAAACAGAAAUAUCUUCACUUUGGAUGUUUAUGUUCUUACUGUGCAGAAAUCCCACUACUUGUUGUUCCAGUGUCAGCAGUUCCUCCUGUGGUGCAUCUUCUGAUGUCACCCCGUUUACAGUUGCUCGUGCGUAGGAUCGGUGUCGAGUUUCUAGGCAUGUUAAUACCAAAUUGUCUCUCUUUGUAUAUUGUUCCAAUUCGGCCACCCUUUGCUCCAACACAAUAAUCCUUUUAUCUUUCUCCGUUAGCAUGUCUUUCAAUGAUCUUACUUCCUCCAUUAGUCCAAUUAGUCGUUCCUGCUGUGAUGCUAGUCUUGAACGCUCACGCGACAUAAAGUUUAGUGAUCUUUUAAUCUCCUCCAAGUCGUCUGUAGUUGCAAUGUCUUUAUCCCGCAUGUUGCUUCUUCCACCCGGCGUUCUCUCUUUCUCAAACAAUCAAAAAAAUAAAUGAAAAAUAAUCGGUGAGUUUCCGUAACAGUAAAACUUCAGUGAGUCCCAGGUUAGCGAUGCAGUCGCCGCGUUAGCUGGAAGCUAACAUUGAGUUCCGUAGCGGUGAAACUUCAAUGAGUCCCAAGUUAGCAAUGUCGUCGGCGCAUUAGCUGGAAGCCAACACCGAGUUUCCGUGACGAUGAAACCUCAAUGAGUCCCAGGUUAGCGGUGACGUCGGUGCGUUAGCUGGAAGCUAACGUUGAGUUUCCAUAACGGUGAAACUUCUGUAGCCAGAUGUUUCUAGGUCUGCAAGCAGUUUCAAACGUGUGACAUCAGUUCCAGACAGUGGAUUCCCUCCGUGAAGUCUUCUUCACUAUCCGGCGAUUUUGUUGCGAAGAGGUUUGCUGGGGAGUUUUAGGGCAACAUCCGACUUGCGAACAUUCGGAGAUACGAACGCAAGCUGACUGGCCUAUAUUUUCAUGUAUUUUGUCGAAAAUUGCGAUAUUUUGUCAUUUGAAUUUGUUCGACAAUGGCGCACUACAGUGCUACUAUAUCAUCUACGAGGAGAAGAAAAUGAAGACUAUACAAACUUCCAUUGACACCUUCUUCAAACGUAGAUCUGCUACUCCUGCACCAUCAUCACCAAGUGACUCGCCACCAAUGCCUACACCUUCAUCUGCACCUUCGUCACCAAUUCUUCCAGCUCAGUAGUAACUACCUCUUUUAGAAGAGUCUAACGACGACGAUGAUUUGUACUUUUUUCAAUAACACCUCCUCCUCCUCCACCACUACCACCAACGAUGUAUGCGCGACCACUCCUCUUCAAAGGGAGACCUGCUAAUGAAAUGGAUGAAAGCCAUCCAGACUGGGCACCCUCAUUACAUCUCGGACACACGGAGGUGAAAGCUGCAGAUAACGAGAGACUACAGAUAACAUUGCACAAGGAGGAACUUUCUCCAACAAGAGAGGAGAACGAGCGACUACGACAACAACUGGAAGAUGUUUGCAAGACUCAAGUUGUCCUACACAUUGAAGACACCCGGCAGCUGAUUGGUCAUCAAGAACAAUGUCCCCCUCAGCAGCUGUGGGGGAGCUCCACUUUGGAGCAGGAGGAGCCACAGCUGAUUAAAGAGGAAGAGGAGGAGCCACAGCUCCCUCACAUUAAAGAGGAAGAAGACACAGAGCCCACCCACAUGAAAGAGAAAGAGGAGGAUCCAAAGCCCCCCUAUGUUAAAGAGGAAGAACUCUCAGUCACUCAGGGAGGAGAGUGUCUUCUAGGGCCAGAGGAGGCUGAUCUCACCCGGUUGCCACUGACUGGUGUCUUUGUAAAGUCCGAAGACCAUGAAGACAAACAACCUGAGUCCUCACAGCUUCAUCAUAGUCCAAGUGAGGAGAAGAGAGAGGCGGAGCCUUCAAGCAGCAGCUCAACACAACACAUGACAACAGAAGCUGAUGGAGACCACUGUGGAGGAUCACAAGCAGACAACCUCUUAGCUCCACUGUCAGAUAGUGACGACACAACGUCUCCUGAAGAUGAAGACAGACAAGAAUCUUUGAGCAGCGAUACGGACUAUGAAGGUGACUGGAUGGCCCACGCUGACAAGAAAAACUUUGAGUGCUCUAAAAAGAAGACAGGUAAAGAACAUUUUAACUGCUCAGGUUGUGAUAGAAGAUUUUCUUCCAAGAGUAAUUUGACUCGACAUAUGAAAACACACACAGGAGAAAGACCUUUUAGUUGUAGUUUAGUAGACUGCAGUAAGAGUUUUGCUGAAAACUCAGGUAUGGUAUCACACAUGACAACGCACACGGGCGAAAAACCUUUCAGUUGUUCAGACUGCAGUAAAAGUUUUGCUGCAAAGGCAAAUAUGGUAUCACACAUGAGAAUACACGCAGUAGAAAAACCUUUUAGUUGCUCAGACUGUGGUAAAAACUUCACUCAAAAGAAAGCCAUGCAAAGGCAUAUGAUAACGCAUACAGGAGAAAGACCUUUUAGUUGCUCAGACUGUGGUAAAAGCUUCACUCUAAAGACAGUCAUGCAAAGACACAUGAGAACACAUACAGGAGAAAGACCUUUCAGUUGCCAAGACUGUGGGAAAAGUUUCACUCGCAAGACACACAUGCAAUUACAUAUGAAAACGCACACAGGAGAAAGACCUUUCAGUUGCCGAGAAUGUGGCAAAACUUUUAUUCGAAAGUCAGACAUGCUAAUACAUAUGAGAACGCACACCGGAGAAAAACCCUUCAGUUGCUCAGACUGUGGCAAAAGCUUCAUUCAAAAGUCAGACCUACAACUACAUAUGAGAACACACACUGGAGAGAAACCUUUCAGUUGCUCAUACUGUGGCAAACGCUUCACUGAUAAGAAAGGCAUGCAACGACACAUGAGAACGCACACAGGUGAAAGACCUUUCACUUGCUCAGACUGUGGCAAAAGCUUCAUUCUAAAGUCAGGCAUGCGAUUACAUAUGAGAACACACACAGGAGAAAAACCUUUCAGUUGCUCACACUGUGGUAAAAGCUUCACUCGAAAGAGAGUCAUGCAAUUACACAUGAAAAGACACUCAGGAGAAAAACCUUUCAGUUGCUCAGACUGUGGCAAAAGCUUCAUUCGAAAGUCAGACAUGCAAAUACAUAUGACAACGCACACAGGAAAAAAACCUUUCAGUUGCUCAGAGUGUGGUAAAACUUUCACUUUAAAGCAAGAAAUGCAAAGACACAUCGGAGCGCAUGCAGGAGAAAGACCUUUCAGUUGCUCAAACUGUGGUAAACGCUUCACUCAAAAGCGACAUAUGCAAAGACACAUGAGAACGCACACAGGAGAAAAACCUUUUGGUUGCUCGGAUUGCUUGAAACGUUUCACACAAAAGGGAGCUUUGGUAUCACACAUGAGAACGCACACGGGGGAGAAACCUUUUUCUUGCUCAGACUGCGGUAAAAGCUUCACUCACAAAUCGAACGUGUUAAAACACAUGCAAACUCACACAGGAGAAAAACCUUUUGCUUGCUCAGACUGCGGUAAAAGCUUCACUACCAAAGUAAAUGUGGUAAAACACAUGAGAAUACACAAGAAAAUAAAAAUGUAGUUGCUCAAUUUAUAGUGACUUCCCUUGGAAGUCGUCAUUGAACAGACUCAUACAGACUCACUGAUGGUCUACUGUAGUUAAAGGUAUUGUAUUUGACUCUGUGCUGUAAUUGCUUGAUGCUGUAGCUGAUGAAGCCGCUUCCUGUUCGAUUACGUCCAGAUUAGGUCUGGAAAUAGUGAUUUGAUUCUUUUUACUGACUUGAGUUCUUAUGAGUCACUCAUUGAACUGAAGCAAGUCACUCGAGUCACACAGUGCAUGGUUUGAUUUAAUUCAGCAGAAACUAUUGUAUGUAAUAAAAGGGAAUAAUGAUAUUUUGUUAUUGAUGCACUGUCUUAUAUUGUUGUAUGACAUAUUGACAAAAAAUGUUCUCGAAUGAGUGUGUUGAUACAAAAAAAUGUUGUUUGCCAAAAAGUUUGGUUCGGCGUUUGUAUUCUGAUUGUAAACCUAAUCAAUAAAUUAAAGGCUAAAUGACUAAAUGAUUUUUUUUGUUUAUGUAAAACUAUUUGUAUCAAUAUGAGAAACACAGGCUCUGUACUGACUUGGUAUCGAAUGGAUACCAAAAGUUCAAUAUGGUCCAACCCUAUCAAUCUCUCUUCCUGUCGGCUCCAUAUUA